UCCCCAGUGCUCCAGUUAAUAUUUACCUGUGGUGUAUGAAUUGUUUAAAUAAUUAUAUCUGCCUUGGUCUCCAUUUUUGCUUUUAGCAGCAGAGCACAGUGCAUUUGGCUUGGUCUGAGAGGUUUUCUGAAGAAGCGGGAGAACCUUUUUAUUGAGGACAAACUCUUACAAAAGCUUCUUCUGCAAUUCUCAUUUUUAUCUCAGGUUUUUGAAAAUGGCAGGUGUAAGCCGCUGCAUGAAGUAUUCCAUGUUCAUCUUCAACUUCUUCUUUUGGGUGUGUGGUUGCAUUAUUUUGGGAGUCUCUAUAUGGAUACGUACUAACAAAAAUGCUCAGGAGGAGCUCCAGAUAGACAGCAACAUGUUUGCAGGGGUUGAUCUACUGAUAGCUGUGGGCUCCAUCAUUAUGGUCCUAGGAUUUCUGGGGUGCUGCGGUGCCAUAAAGGAAAGCCGGUGCAUGCUGCUCUUGUUUUUUAUUGGACUGCUUCUGAUCCUGAUUCUUCAGGUCACAGCGGGUGUUUUAGGAGCAGUGUACAGAUCUCAGAUUGAAACAGCCUUUAACAGCACGCUCUCGGAUACUAUUAAGACAUUGCAAAGCUCUACAGAAGAAUCAAAAAUGUUUCAAGAGAAGUUCCAGAAGUAUGAGAGAAAGAAUCGUUGCUGUGGUUUGCAGAAUGGACCGGAAGACUGGGGAAAAAAUUUUAAUGUUUCUCCUACUAAGUAUAAAAUCUGUGAAUGUGCACUAGAGAACCAAUCAACAGACCUCUGCACCUACGUUCAAGGCAGAUACAUUUAUAAAACGCCUUGUGGAGAGCUGAUAAUCAAAUAUCUUAAAGAUCAUAUGGUCAUACUUAUGGGGAUUGCAUUUGGAUUGGCAGUUAUUGAGAUUCUUGGUUUGGGGUUUUCUAUGAGCCUGUAUUGCCAGAUCCAGAGAAAAUGAAACUGUGGAAGUGUCAGAACAAUGUCACCAGCCAAAUCAAAACCUUUAUAGAUAGAAGGAUAUUUGCCUUGGCAUUUUCAGAUAAAUACAUGCAUGUCCCAGACAGCUGUUCUGAUGAAAACAGCAGCCCUUGUGCACACAGAUACUUCACAAACUGCAAAAUGAUCUCCUUAUAAUUCAUAAGACUUAAUGAUGUGAAUGUGAAUUUUUAUUUGCAAUAAAUGUCUUUGUUUAUGUU